AUGGCGGCAGCCAACGACUACACUGCCGCGCACUGGCCAGAGACUGCUUCCUUUCGGUACUUUACUGAGGAGGGCGAGCAGCUGCUGCAGAAGAAAACACUGCGACGCAUUACUCUUCAACGGAAGAGAAAACUACUUCUGGUGCAAGGCUCAGCGACAGAAGAAAUGGAAAGACGUUUAUUGCUCAUCACACUCAUGAAAGCAGUGUCAUCUAUGCGUGGGUGCGCACACCUCGAACGCUGCUGGUGGAUUCUGUGUGGCCGUGUGGUAAGACUUGUGCGUGUCUUCAUGGGACGAUGA